AUGGCGCCCCACCACCACCGCAUCCCCUCCAUCUCCUCAGAUCACAAAGCCACCAAACCUCACCUUAAACAUCCAACCUUUGGGCAUCUCCCGCUCUCUACAUCAGGCCCCCUGGACUGCUCCCUCAAAGGCACCGCCUUGCUGAGCAAUCCGUAUUACAAUAAGGGCGCUGGGUUCCCUGCCGAGGAGAGAAAGCAGUUCAAGCUCACCGGGCGCCUGCCGCAGAAUGUGCAGACGCUGGAUCAGCAGGUGAAGCGCGCUUACGAGCAGUAUUGCUCGAGGCACGAUGAUUUGGCAAAGAAUACCUUCAUGACCAGCUUGGCGUCGCAAAAUUUGGUCCUUUAUUUCAGGUUGAUCCAAGACCACCUGAAAGAGAUGUUCUCCGUCAUCUAUACACCUACAGAGGGUGACGCUAUCCAGAACUACUCUCGACUCUUUCGCAGACCAGAAGGCUGCUUCCUUAAUAUCAACGACAUUGGUCGUGUUUACGAGGAUCUGGCCCAGUACGGUACUGCGGACGACGUCGACUAUAUUGUUGUGACUGAUGGCGAAGAGAUCCUCGGAAUCGGUGACCAGGGCGUAGGCGGGAUUCUGAUCUCAAUCGCCAAAUUGGUCCUUACCACCCUCUGUGCUGGGAUCCAUCCUAACAGGACACUUCCUGUAGUUCUCGACUGCGGAACUGAUAAUGAAGAGCUUCUCAAUGAUGAAUUAUACCUUGGGCUCAGGAAGCCACGGGUUCGUGGGAAGCAAUAUGAUGAGUUUAUUGAUACAUUCGUGAAGUCUGCUCGCAAGUUGUAUCCAAAAGCUUAUAUCCACUUUGAGGAUUUUGGAUUGCCCAAUGCUCGAAGAAUCCUGGAUCGUUACAGGCCCGAGAUUCCUUGCUUCAACGACGAUGUGCAGGGCACUGGAUGCGUCACGCUCGCGGCGGUGAUGGCAGGUCUCCACGUGACCAAGUUGAAACUUCAAGACAUGCGGAUGGUUAUCUUUGGUUCCGGGACAGCUGGGACAGGUAUUGCAGACCAGGUGCGCGAUGCCAUCGCUACCGACAGUGGGAAGUCGAAGGAAGAAGCAGCGAAGCAAAUAUGGUGUGUCGACAAGCCCGGCCUCCUAUUAAAGUCCCACGGCGACAAGCUCACGCCCGCCCAAGUCCCGUACGCGCGCGAAGAUUCCGAAUGGGAAGGCAAAGACCAUUCUGACCUCCUCUCCAUCAUCAAAGAAGUCAAACCGCACGUUCUGAUCGGCACUUCCACCAAACCCAAAGCCUUCACGCGCGAAGUCAUCAGCGAGAUGGCCGCGCAUGUAGACCGGCCGAUCGUGCUCCCGCUCUCGAACCCGACGCGGCUGCACGAGGCAGACCCCAAGGACAUCAACGAGUGGACGCAAGGCCGGGCCUUGAUCGCCACGGGCUCGCCCUUCCCGCCCGUCACGUACCAGGGCCGCGAGUACGAGGUCGCCGAGUGUAAUAACAGCACGUGCUUCCCCGGGAUCGGGCUCGGCUGCGUGUUGGCCCGCUGCCGGCUGCUGUCGGACAAGAUGCUGGUCGCGGCCGUCAAGGCGCUGGCGGCGCAGUCGCCCGCGCUUCAGGAUCCCGAUAAGGGCCUGUUGCCGGAUGUCGUGCACGUGCGCGAGAUCAGUGUGCAUAUUGCGUGUGCGGUGAUCAGGCAGGCGGUUGAAGAGGGCUUGGCGACGAUGGAGGGGAUCCCACGGGAGGAGGAGGAGCUGGAGGAGUGGGUUAGGGAGCAGAUGUGGGAUGCGGCGUAUCGACCUCUGCGGGCGGUGGAGUAG